UCCCCAGCUUUUGUUGCCAUCCACACACCAGUUGCCAAGCUCACACUCCAACACUCCCCGUCGCCGCUCCUUAAUGGGGAGCGUUGUCAUGGCCUCCCGCUCCAUCAAAUUCGUCUCCACGGAUUCCUCCAUCAAUCAGUUGCAGAAAAGAGUUACCAGCAUUCAGGAGAAGCGUGUGGAUUCCUCGUCAGGAGGGCUGGUAGUGACAGCUGCGGAUGUGAUCGAUCCUAAUUUGCUGUUGCCUUCUGUGCUGCCAUUCAAGAGAAUAAAACUCACUGAUCGCUAUCCCAAGGGUCAAACUCGGGGGUGGCACUGAAAGCAUCUCAAGCAGAUCAUUCAGGAUGAGAGUUAUCAUACGUACCAUGCGGUUGAGCCUUCUUGUACGCACCUUACACAGACCCCAGGAACAAGCUGCGCUACGUCAAUGCAGAAGUGUUCAAGAGAAUUAGAUCCUCACCGGAUGAACAAUUUCAAGGCUAUUUUUCUCUUCGGAAUGCAGCCGUUUUGCUGAAAGAAGGAUUGAAAAUUGGUCUUGAUUUCAAUCACAUAUCGUACGCCUAACAUUUUUUGAGGACUCGAAUGAGCGUUGUAGAUAAUUGAAGCUAGCUGUCGCCUGAUAUCCUCUUAUUUCUUUAGAUACUUCCAUUUGAAUUUUUCAUUGAUGUAAUACAUUCUAUCAACUUCUUUUUCUAUUUCUGGAAAUGGACUGUACGAGGGUUUGUAGUAUAUUUGGUCCGUGUCUUGGUUGCAUCGGAGGCAAUGAACUUGGUUCAUUGACGCAGCUAGCAUCAGCAAAGCAGAAGUUUCCGUUGUCAGUGUAUAGUUCCAGCUUUAAUGGAAGGAAGAGUUUGAAGAGUAUAAGUCAUACAAUGGGGCACUCGUGUUUACAAGACUCACCGGUUCGGCUAACGUCCUUUCCCCGGGAACGAUUUUCUUUUAAUGAUAUUACAGCUACUUCUGCUACAGCAAAAGCUAGUGAGGUUUUGACCACGUUGGGAGGAGAAACCGCUAAUGUUUCGUACGAAGUGAGCAACGAAAGUUUCCUUAGCGAUGAUGUGAAGGCAGACAUAGAUGAUGGUAACAACGUUGAAACAGAAACACUUAAGCUCUUAGAGUGGCCCAGAGUAUGUAUUCAAGUGUCAGAGUUUGCGAGUACGCCUAUGGCAGUAGCAGUCGCUCGCAAGGGGGAUUUGCCCAUUGGCAGAACUGUAGUUGAAAGUGAGGAGCUUCAAGCACAGACGGUAGCUGCUCAAUUACUCUCCAGCCCGCUUGAGUUCUCUGGUAUUGAAGACCUUCGAAAAUUUAUCGAAGAUGCUCAAUCUGGAAAUGUUUGUCAAUUGGAAGAGCUUUGUCUAGUGAGGAAAACUUUAGCAGCGGUGAGACGUUUACACAAUCAGGUUGUUGGCCAGUCCCGUGAUGGAGCCUCCAUAGAAACCCAUAAAGAUGAACAAGGUGCUGCGUCGAUUGGUCCAUUGCAAGCAGUAAUGCUUGGGUGUAAUUUAUGUUCCGAGCUCGAGUCGGCAAUCGAGUAUUGCUUGGAUUGUUCACGCUCUACUAUUCUCGACAGAGCCAGCUCAAAACUGGCUUCAGUAAGGUUAAUGAGGCAGGAAAAUUCUAUGGCCCUUGAAUCACUCAUAAAAGAGACAGCUGCGAUGGUUUUCAGUGCAGGGGGUAUGGACUCCCAGCUUGUAACUAAGCGGCGGGGUCGGAUGUGUGUAGCCGUAAGAGCUUCCCAGAAGGGGCUACUUAAAGGUGGCGUUACAUUAGAUGUUAGCAAUACAGGUGCUACGUAUUUUAUGGAGCCCGAAUCUGCCAUACAUUUCAACAAUGAGGAGAUUCAACUUGCGGAAGAGGAAAAGCUAGAAGAGAUUGCUGUGUUACGACAGCUGACCUUCAUGCUUCUUGAUACAAGUGAUGAUGUCAUCGACCUUUUAGAGAGGGUCACAACUCUUGACCUUGCUUGUGCACGAGCGGGUCAUUCAGCUUGGCUUAAUGGAGCUCGCCCAGUCUUUGUCAAUAGUAUGGCGGAUUCUAUGUCUUCAAGCCAUUCUUCCUCUGCCCUUGACACAACGCCAGCAAAAGAGGACCUGUUGCUGGUGGAUAUUAAGGGUGUGCGCCAUCCUCUUUUACUGGGUUCUGCGCUCGAAUCUCCUGUCAAUUCACCUAGAUAUGGUAUUUAUAUUCGGCAGAAGGAAAAAUCAAGAAGGUCCUCUUCUGGUUUGAAGGGUGCUGUGGAGAGCUCAAAUGUGGACAGGAUGUUGCCUGUGCCAAUUGAUAUCAACAUUAGAACAGGAGUUAAAGUUGUGACGAUAACAGGUCCUAAUACUGGUGGGAAGACUGCUGCUCUGAAGACUUUGGGUGUUGUAGCCUUAAUGGCAAAGGCGGGCUUAUGUUUGCCUGCCACUGGUGUUCCACGACUCCCCUGGUUUGACUCCAUUCUUGCGGACAUCGGGGAUGAUCAGUCUUUAGAGCGCAACUUGUCAACCUUCAGUGGUCAUAUCCGAAGAGUCCGUCAGAUUCUAGAAGCUGGCACAGCUCAGUCAUUGAUACUGCUUGACGAGAUUGGAGGGGGGACGGAUCCCUCUGAAGGCGCUGCUUUAGCGACAGCAAUUCUUAGAAAUCUAGCUGCCUCUGUACAGUUAACACUUGCAACUACCCAUUGUGCCGAGUUGCGCACAUUAAAAGACCAUGACCCUGAGUUUGAGAAUGCAUCAGUUGAGUUUGAUGUUAAGACUCUUCGACCUACUUAUCGAGUUUUAUGGGGCAUAGCCGGUCAAUCUAAUGCACUUAAUAUAGCAGCUUCUCUUGGGUUUGACUCGGAGGUUCUCACUCGAGCUAGGGAGUUGGUUACGAAGCUGGUUCCUGCAAGCCUGGGUGCCAGGAGCACUGAAUUGAUGGUGCCACUUGUUAAGCAGCGGAAUGAACAAUUGGAGCGGUCUGCUGCUGCAGCUUCUGCACUCGCAAUCAUCUCAAAGCUUUAUAAUAAGUUGCAAUCAGAGGCGGAAAAUCUGGCCCAGAAGGAAGCUAAGCUACGGCGUUUGCAAGAGGAAGCCACAAAUAAAAAGGUCGCACAUGCUAAUGCAAGUUUGGAGGAAAUCCUCUUAAAAUUUCAAGAAUCAGCGCAUCAGAAGGCUAAAGAGGACGAAGGAUUCUCCAUGCGUGAUGCUCAAGCUGCAAUAAUAGCAGUUGUAGAAGAACAUGCCACUAAACCUGUGGCAUCAAUUACGUCAAAUCCUGCAAGUAUCACUGAACCAGAAGGUAAGGAAGGAGAAGGCGAGCAGCUCAGAGUUGGGGAUGAAGUGAUUAUCAAGCGGCUGGGAAAAUUGCCAGCAACUAUUGUUGAUAUCCCGCAGGCUGAAAAUGAUUAUUUGACUGUGCAAGUGGGCACCAUGAAGAUGAGAGUUAAAUUGAAUGAAAUUCUUUCAAGAGUAGCAAGAUCGGCAAAAGGAGGUGCAAGGACUCCUACAGAGAAUAAAAUGAAGCAGCCUGCCAGAUCAAGCAAGGCUGAGGCAGAACCAGAGGAGAUCAAGUUUGACGCUGCCGUACAGACCUCAAAGAACACGCUCGAUCUGCGAGGAAAGCGAGUAGAGGAGUCAUUACAGGAGUUGGAUUUGGCACUCGCCGGCCGUUCACGAGGCUCUGUAUUAUUUAUUGUGCAUGGCAUGGGUACUGGGGCUGUGAAGGAGGCGGUUUUACUACGCUUGAGAAAACAUCCUUACGUUGCUAAAUUUGAGCAAGAAAGCGUUAUGAAUCCUGGAUGUACUAUUGUUUACAUUAAGUGAAUAGUGUUCCGCAUCGUAUGUGUUGGAACGGGCGUGACAUUGAUUAUGAUGCUGACUACAACA